AUGAUCGACGAUGUGGCUCUUUUUGACCACGCUGCCAAGAAGUCAUGGCAGUCGUUUAGCACCAUGCGACGUUUUGUGGACGAAGCCGUACGCCUUGAAAACGCUAGUUGGCGUCUCUGGUUCAUGCAGCGUAUUCACAUGAUAACUGGUACUGAGUCUGGAGAUGAGCCGGAUGCUGAGGAAAACGGCAUCUUUGCCAAAGGUCCACGUCCGCUCUGCGUUUACUGCGAAUUACAUACCGCAAGUCUUAGCUGUAACGGCUGCUGUCAUGAUGCCUAUUGCAUCAGUUGCUUUAAAUUAAUUCAUAAAAAAGGGAAUUUGGCUACACACACGGCUGUCAAGAUUAAUUUGCACAAAGAGAUCGACACAGAGUUACACAAUAGCAGCGGAGCUUCGACUGUUUGUGAUGAUGGUGAUCUAUCUACAACGUCGCAUUAUAAGAGCUCCGAGGGAGAUACUGGUGGCUCGAACAGCCCACAUGGACCAAAAUUUUCCAUUUUUAACAAACCGUGGGAAUUGCAAAUGGACAUGCUACUCCAGCGACUUAUGAUGAAUAGUAUGCACACUGAAAUGGACAUUAGUGUUUACAACAUCGACAAUCGACAGUCGCUGUUCAAUUUGGAUUCUGAUGAAGCAGAGCAAUCCUUGACCACAGAUGAUUCGAGCGAAGCGGAAGAAGACACACGACAGAAGUCCAAUCAGGCAGUUGUUAUGGCUGCUGUUGCUGCUGCUGGUCGACAUCGAGCACAUUCCAUGUCAUGCGAGGAAAGAAACCAAUCGCCGGUAUUGACGUCUUCAUUGAUUCAUUCGUCGCCAACAUCAUCGGAAAACGGCGAAAUUAAGCUACCAGCGACUCUGUUAGCAAAGGGUUUGCCACGAAUCAACAGUCGUCGUCGAGAUUCGCAAACUUGUGCGAACUGCCAAGGAAACCACAUUACAGUGGCGUGUCCAUUGCUUGAAAGUGCGCUGCUUCCUUCGCCUUCUCCAGUCGCAUCAGGUGUUGACACAGUGCUGAGAAAAUGCUUUACCACAAUUCACAAUAACAACAUGGCUAACAGCACUCAUGCCUUUCUGGGCGACGAAGUGAGUGUCUGCGGGGGUAGCAAUUUUGGUAGCAUGAAACAACGGCCGUUGAACCAUACGAAGCAGCAUGUGGACCGAUUACCAUUUGAAAUGAACAUUAUUGCUGAAGACAACUCGAUGGUUAGCGAGGAUCUUGCACCGAUGCUGAGUGAACUUGUCACUUCAAACGGAAGCAAACGUUCGUCUUGGCAUCCAGACUCGUGGUUGUUAUCCUGUUUGGCCACCGAUUUGCCUACUGACGUCUUUGAACAACUACGUCAACAUGAAUUUGGUGAAAAGAAUUGGUCGUUCUUGUCAGAUCCUGAGUUGUAUGGGCUGGCAAUCACUGGUUAUGUUCGCGUAAGAGUUCCAGGCAGCCAGUGGAGUAGACGAUAUUUGUCCCUAUAUCGUAAUAACCUUUGGGAAUACUUAGAUGCGAACAAGACAAGUCGACCGGUAGGUCACGCUAAUAUAUCGGAAGGAUUGGUGCACCAGCGAAGCUCGACCGAGUUUGUUCUGAAGUACCAUACUCAAUCAUCUGAAGUCUCUGCAUGCGGUGAAUUAUGGCUAGCGUUUGAGUCGGCAAAACAGGGAAUGGUGUGGAAGGAAAUGCUUGCACAUGCUGUCAAGCUGCAGAUCGAUGACUUGUUUGAUCUCCACCCCGAAUCGCCAACUCGAUCAUCUUCAAAGAGUUUUGAGCUUGGAAAAGGAAGAUUUUCGGUCGUUCGUCGUGCUCGUCGAAAACGAGACGUGGAAAAUGAAUUUAAGUCACGUGAUUGUGCUCUUAAGAUCAUUGAGAAAAAUAUUUUCUGGGAUUUGGUUGCGCGUGAAACAGAACGCGAAGACACAGUGGUGCGCGAAAUUCUGACGCAGAGUCUAUUGACGGUCCGAUCGGGCUCUUCAUAUUGUCCAAUUAUUCGACUUCAAUCACUCUUUGAGACGCGCAAUCAUUUGGUUCUGGAGCUUGAACUUAUGAGAGACGGAGAUCUGCAUGAAGAGAUUGCGACAAAAUGUACAGUGGAUGAGAUGCGUGCCUCUUAUUUAAUUGCAAGUCUCGUCCGGGCAAUUGAUUUUUGUCAGCGAAAUGGCGUUGCCCAUCGAGACGUGAAACUUUCGAAUCUUGCGCUGGACUAUCAGUGCAACGCCAGCGGCAAAGAGUUCGGUCUGAUCAAGGUUGCUGACUUCGGGAUGGCAGCUUUUAUCCAAAAGGAUGGAAUGCUGAAGGGCAGAUGUGGAACUCCUGGCUUUGUUGCUCCGGAGAUUUUGUGCGCAGGUAAAGGUGAAGCAUAUCCUAGUGGCGUCGAUAUGUUUUCUGCUGGUGUGGUGGCCUACACGAUGUUGUGUGGCUAUGAGCCUUUCUUCGGUGUGAAUAAUGAAGAGCUUAUUCAAAUGAACAAGCUUGUCGACUAUGAGUUUGAAGAACCAGAGUGGAAUAGUAUCUCAGACGAAGCAAAGGAUAUGAUAAUGCUGAUGAUGGAAAAGGAUCCCUAUAAACGCGUGACGCCAAAGGAUGUGUUAAAACAUCCAUUCUUGCGUGAUGCAAACAUAACGCUUGACAACUUUCUUCAACACCAAACUCCAAUUGAUCUGACGCGAUUGCUAUAA